UGAAUCCCCGCCUGGCCGCAUACAAAUGGAAGCCAUCCCCCUCUUCCUGCUGCUGCUGCUGCUGCCGCUACUGCAACCUUUCUGCCCAGUCUCCCUCCCCCCAAUCCAUCCUCCCCUCCUACUCUCUCUGCCUUCUACUCUCCCGCUUCCAUCCCCCAAUGCCUCCACCCGUGUCCCAGUACUUUCUCCAGCGGUGGCACACCACCCCGCUGCCUCGCCUAAUCGAUGAGCUGGCCGAACUAUGUCCUGACCGGCCCAUGGUCUCCCUUCCCUGGGACAACGACCACCCGGUCAAGGGGUACCGGGACUACAGCAUCGCCGAGUUUGCCGCCGCUGUGAACCGGGCAGCGUGGUGGAUUGAGCUCCAGCUGGGACGAGCCCCGACUCCCUUCACCACUCUGCACUAUGUAGCCCCCCAGGAUCUCUCCUACUUCAUCCUCACUCUCGCCGCAGUCAAAACCGGAUACAAGACAUUGACCUGCCACCCAAGUGCGGACGUGGACACCCACCUCUCGCUGAUGGAACACACCGACUGCCACUUGCUGCUAUACCCGCCGUGCCCCAACACCGCCGCCAUCCGCAAAGUCAACAGCAUUCGCGCCCUGAAGUCGGGCCUCACAGCCCUCGUCACCCCAACCCUAGACGACUGGCUCUCCUCCACCUCACCCCCCGUCUACCCCUUCCCCCACGAUCUCGCCUCCAUCCUCCACGACCCCUUCACCGUCAUCCACAGCUCCGCCUCCACCGGGCCCGCCAAGCCCAUCCUCUUCACCCACGCCACCGUCUGCCUGCAACCCCUGGGCUUCGGCAAAAUCCGCGACCCCAGCCACGUCAACUACGAGCGAUGGCGCGGACAGCGUGUCGGGGUGUUGACCCCCCUCUCCAUCGCAGCGGGUCUCUUCCCCUUCCUCGCCAUGAACUUCUGCUUCGACCUCACCCUGGUCCUCCCCGCCACCUCCGGCCCCAUGAGCGCCACUCUCAUGGACCACCUCCUCGUCCACGGCAACGUCAGCGCCUGUAUCCUCGGCCCCAAAACCCUCCCCGACACCUGCGCAAACCCGACCUAUCUCUCCAACCUCCGCCGCGUCCGCUACCUCGCCAUCGUCGGCGCCCCCUGUCAGCCCUACCUCGCUCCCCUCAUCACCGCCCACGCCCAAAUCACCCACAUCUACGGCUCCUCCGAGUCUGGGACCCUCCCCGCCGAAGUCCUCCCCGACCCGGACGACUGGGCAUACCUGAAACUCAGCCCCGAGGUCCCUCACGAGUAUCGUCCCGUCUGCCAGAGCUACCACGAACUCGUCCUCCUCCGUCGUCCGCACGGUGCCGCCCAGCCUGUCUUCGCGAUGUUCCGUGACCAGGACGAGUAUCCCAUGGGCGAUCUCUUCGCCCCCCAUCCCACCAGGCCAGAUUGCUGGCGGUACUGCGGCCGCCGGAACGAUCUCAUCGGAUCCGAGCAAGGCCUCUUCCUCCCCAGAGAUAUGGAAUGGGUGCUGGAAGCCCACCCCGCUGUUCGAUGGGCAUUGAUCUGUGAAGAGAGACGCGGCGGUCUGGCCCUCUUGCUCGAUCUGAUACCUGACGCCUUGGAAAAGGGACAUGCUCAUGACGAGAAUAUCUGGGAUACCCUCCUCCCGCUCAUCGAAAGGGCAAACGCCCUUUGUCCUAUCCCCGCCGCCAUUCGUCGUGAAUUGGUCCUUUUUACGGACUCGGUCCGCCCCCUGCCGUUGAGCGUGAAGGGGAAUCCGCAGAGGGUUAGGUCUAGGGAACUUUAUCGGGCGGAUAUUGAGCGGGUGUUUGGUUGUGCGGAUAGGGAGGGGGGCGUGGGGAUGCCGUUGCCGUCACCGUCGCCUUAG